AUGGAUGGCAAUGAUGCUUCCGCCGCCACGUCUUCAGUAACACCACGUCCGGGGACUCCCUUUGUCGCCGAACUACCGAUUAUUCAUAGCCCAUCGUUACCGGCAGUCAUACACAGCUCAGGCCCUAGGCUGUCCGUCCUCCAGUCGUUCAGGCUUAGCAAGUUAUACCGCAAUCGGUUCCUAUCGCCUACAGAAGUAUCCUGCCAUACCGACCACUCCACAGCGCAGAUGGAGUCGCAAAUUCAAUAUGACGACAAGAGCCUAAUAAUCGAAAUACUGUCACCCGUUCUCGACGACCUGAAGGAACUGAAGGCGUUGACACCCGAGAGUCUACAGGACCACAAUCAGACCCUCAACAACGAGACGCAUGCUCAGGCUCUUAAGCAGAAGCUGCUACCGAUACGCCAGCUUAUCGUGGACUGCCUCGAAACAGUCCCACUGGACCGCCGGGGUGCGUUGGAGGGAGCUAUAUGCCAUCACAUCGCCGACAAUUACUGGCCGCUGCCUGUCAACUUCUUCACCCAUCUGAAGAUCCAGGAGAAAUACCGCAAUGCGCUCUUCAGGUUGGCGCAGCGCACACCUGCCGGAGCCAUCGAGCCGCAUCCCAACAAGGACUCUCAGCAGCCUCAAGCACCAGCUAUCGAGCCUGAUCCGCCCCACCCGUCGCUGGAACCGAGGGAUGAUUCGGAUACCACUGCACCAUUUCCCGGAUCGUCCGUUCAGCAGCUACAAUCAUCAGUCGUUCAGGCCGCUCCGGGCUCUGGGGACUUUCUAGAUCUAAACUUUUACGAGUUGAGAGCAGAGGCUAUUGAAGAGGCCGAUGCGAGGGACUUGGACAACGUAUAG